UUUUGCAAGGUGCGGUGGUGUGCAGCGUGUGGAGUGUUUUGUGUUGAGGCUUGCUGAUACUAUCCGAGUUUGAAGCAGAAUGGCGACCAGCACGAGAACGUCGAAAAAGACUGCAGCGUCGACGUCUUCGAACGUUGGCACUCCACAAUAUACAUCAACACCCGCGCAGGGAAGUUCAUCAGGACGUCCAUCAAGUCCGUUGAGCCCUACCCGGUACAGCCGGCUUCAGGAAAAGGCAGAUCUUCAAAAUUUGAAUGAUCGUUUGGCUGCUUACAUUGAUAAAGUAAGGCAUUUGGAACAAGAAAACAGUACUUUGAGACGAGAAGUCCAAUGUUCAGAAGAGAAAGUUACAAGGGAAGUGACAAAUCUCAAGUCUAUGUUUGAGAAUGAAUUGGCAGAUGCAAGAAAAGUUCUUGAUGAAACGGCCAGAGAAAAAGCGAAAUUGGAAAUAGAUUGCAAGCGGUUAAUGGACGAUAAUGAAGUUCUAAGGACCAAGUCCAAAUUUUCCUGUUUGUGUUCUGAUAGUUAUUCUCGUGGAUCAAAGCAGCAUCAACAAAAGGGCCGAUUUGGUGGGCGUGUAUCUGAAACUCGUUUUUGAAGGUCAUUCACCCUUUAAGUGUUACCAACAUUUCGUGUUUUAAUGCUGAAGGGCGACCUGUGGUUCACCUUUUAUUUCUGAUACGAUUUUCGUAAUGUUAUUCACUCCGGGCUUAUAUUGUGUGCGUCUGUAUAAAUACAGUAUUAUAUUUUCUGCGAAGCGUAC